UGACGCCGAAAGCAAUUAGCAACAGAAUAAAAGCCAAGGGUUUGCAAAAAUUGAGAUGGUAUUGUCAAAUGUGUCAAAAACAAUGUAGAGAUGAGAAUGGUUUCAAAUGCCACUGCAUGUCAGAAUCAUAUCAACGACAGUUGCUGAUAUUUGCUGAUAAUCCAAAUAGGUUGAUUGAUUCAUUCUCAAAGGAAUUUGACGAUGAUUUUAUGUUGCUCCUGAGAAGAAGGUUUGGUACACGAUGAGUCCAUGCCAAUAUUGUAUAUCAGGAAUAUAUUAGUGACAGAAAUCAUCUUCAUAUGAAUUCCACACAGUGGGUAACAUUGACAGAGUUUGUGAAAUGGUUGGGUCGUGAAGGUAAAUGUAAAGUUGACAACACUGAGAAAGGAUGGUUUAUUACGUAUAUUGAUAGAGAUCCUGAGACGCUCGCGAGGCAAAAGGCAUCAGAAAGUAAGGGAAAGAUGGAGAUGGACGAUGAUGAAAAAACAGCCAAGUUCAUUGAAAAACAAAUUGAAAGAGAAUUAAAAUUAGCAAGGAAAAGUGAUCAGGAUCAAAAUUUUCACCACUUUUACUAGCUUCUCUUCUACUCAUUCAUCCAACAGAAUACAAGACUUGAUGAUCUGACGUUGGUCGACGUUGUUUUGAAACAGGCGUCUUGUUCAUUACGUUGCGUAGGCCGGUCAAUAGAUAAGAUCUAAAAAUAUUAAAUAUCAAUAAUUGACGUUUUAAGUCUUUUUGAAAAGUUCAUAUUGAGUAAAUUGGCUGUUAAAUCUUCUUGGUCAAAUAAUCUUACAUGCAUGAUCUGUCCAAAACAAUAAUUUCCUCUUUUCCAACUCUAUCAAAGAGAAAUUCUGCCGAUAAAAGAUCAAAUCUCACUUCUUUCAUUACAUCUUUUGCAUGGUCCUAUCAAGGAAAAAUGUUAUGUAAAAAGAUUAGAUAAAAAAAUUUGUAAAUAAGAGUUUUAAAGAUAGAAAAGUUUUUGAAAUUUUUAAAAAACUAGUAAAAUAAUCUCGACCCACUCCAUGGAAACUUACCUGACGAUUAUCGGGAUCAAAUUUUAUCCAAGCUAGUCAAAUUAUCAUCAGAAAUCAACAUGUGUAAAAACAUAUACAUGUAAGCAUUCUGUCAACCAUAGCUUCCAUCACCAAAAUAUAUGGAAAGAAAAAAAGGAUAAUAAAGUAAUAUUGCGGUAGCAUGAAGGUAGUCGAAAUGUCAGCCAACACCACAGUUUUUCUUAGGACUCUACUAACCUUGAUGUUCUAAAUAUAAAAACAUGUAAAUAUAUCAUUCAUUCAUCAUUAAAGACUUACCCAAGCAA